AUGUCAGAGAAGACCAAACAAGUGGCCAAAUGGCACGGAGCCUUCAAAAAAGCAACGGACUUCGAUUCUUGGGGGCAGCUAGUGGAGGCCGUCGACGAAUAUCAGAUGUUGUCUCGGCAACUCAGAAAGGAAGGUUCGUCGUCAGAUUCACGCACGUUCACAGAUGACCAAAAGAGAAUCCUGUCCAAAGUGUCUACAUGUUUAGACUUGAGAAGUCAGGCCCUUCAGGCUGCCCAUGGGACCAGUCCAGAGGACUCCUUGUCCCUGGAAGAGCUGAAAAAAGUGGAACCAAUGUUGAAAAAUUUACUGAAUGCCAAUCCAGAGGAGUUCCCAGUCCAGGUCUCACAUUUCUCCCCAGUCAGGAGACCAGCAGGACCUGAGGUGGACAUCAGUGUGUUGAACUUAGAUGGGGAGGAGGAGGAGGAAGAGGACACAAGAGGUGAAGGGACCAUACCGACCACACCCAAGCCAACCAGUGGAAGCUUACUUCCACGCCUCCCUCCUGAGCCGGGUAUGACAAACUUGACCAUGAGGAUAGAGAGGAUAGGACUGAAGGAUGCUGGUCAGCACAUUGACCCUUACGUCACUGUCAGUGUGAAAGAUGUCAGUGGCAUUGACUUGGCAGAGCCACAGGACACCCCCAUAGCCAGUAAGAAAGAAGAUCCCUAUGUGUACUUCAACGUGGACGUAGAAAUACAGAGACAUGUAGAGAAGAUGCCCAAAGGAACAGCAAUAUUUUUUGAGUUCAAACACUACAAGCCCAAGAAGAGAAUGACAAGCAUCAAGUGUUGGGCCUUUAUGGAGAUGGAUGAGCUCAAAUCAGGCCCAGCCUCCAUCGAACUCUACAAGAAGCCGACAGAUUUCAAGAGGAAGAAACUGAAUCUCCUGACGGUCAAGCCUCUCUUUCUGGAGCUCUACCUUACCUUGACCAAGGACUAAUGGGCAGUACAGAGCUUUCAGAAGUGGGAUAAAGGCAGACAGUAACACAUUGAACAGCACCUUGCAGUGACUUUGUCUCUUAUGGCUGUAUUUUACGUCUCGUUUUUAAUGGUCUUCAUUAUGUAUAGUGCAACUCUCAUAUUUAGAUACAGCCAAGGAUAGUUUUGUUGCCAAAUGUGUAUGAUUGAGCCGAGUCGUUUGCACUUGUGGUGGAAGUGACAUGGAUUCAGAAUGAUUAAUAUCUUGUAUCACCGUAAUCAUGAUAUCACAAUCACGGCGGUGACUCAAUGUGCCUAACAUGUGCAGAAGAUAAAAACGUUAGUUGUCCUUCUAACAUGGACUAUUGUUUACAGCAAGAGUACUGUUGACACCAAUUUGAUUAGUUGGUUCUCAGGUUUUAUUGCAAAAGAGGGUAAAAACAAGGUCUAAUGUACAAUAGUGAGGGUCUGAGAUUUCCAGUAAGCUUUUCCAGCUAUUUUUUGAAACUGUUGUGAAAUGGUCAAUAAAUCAUCAGAAUAAAGAAUGUUUUGAGGAUUUCAGCAAGAAACAAAGCUAACAUGUAGCUUCUAGAAAAUAGCUAUUAGAAAAAAGUACAACAGUGAAAGUUGUAACACUUGGCUAUGGUUCCAAGAAACAACCAAUUAAAUUGGUGGUCUUAUGGCAUGUCAUCAGAUUAGCAAAGUUUGCUGUUGCAUGAUGUUACAGUGACUAGUUGUUCUGGCCAGUAGUUAACCUCUCAGUGUCAUUGAAAGUAGGCAUUUUGAUUGGACCAUGACACGUAAAGGGUUAACUAUGUGUAAUAUCUCUUUCUAACAUUCCUAUAUUGUAGUGUGUGUAGAUAAAAUUGAUCAACUAAUGUACACCUAUCCUAACUAUCACACCUGUAAACACUAGGGUUUUAAGUUAAAAAUAGUUUCACUUUUGUAUGUGAUGACAUUUGCAAAUACUAAAAAAGCCCUUCGAAUGUUUUAGGUUGAGCAAGAAUGUGCCUGGUACAUGUAUGUAUACCAUUCAGCCAAAGCAAUGUGUGAAGACUAUAUAUAUAUUUCUCUAUUUGGAAAUGCUGGCAAAUACACAAAGAGCAAUAUGAGACUUAUUAAAAAACGACAUUUUAGAU